CGCGCCUGCUCGAGGCGGCGGUUUGGUUUCCAAAGUUGGUUGCCGACCAUGAUGAUGGAUCCGACGCAGAACUUUGACGACGACGAUGUGUUGGACAUCGAUUUGGACAAGCUCCCGACGGAUGAGAAAGAAGCCAUCAUGAGCCAUGUCACCCCAGACGACAGCGCGCCCACAGACGCGUUUUCACUCGGCCAGAACGACCUGCGUCGCGAACUGAUUGAUCGUGGCAUUCAACCCAAAGGUUUUUUCAACGACGACGCGUUGCGCUUGCAAGAAGAAUUCGACCGCGAACAUGUGUCGGAGCGCGAUUCCCGCAUGAAGCAAAAGAUCCAAAUGGCAGCCAAAAGCUACCUCCGCGAAACGAUCAAACGCAAACGGGAGCAGAUGGACACGGAGCUUCGAGAAGAGAUUGACGAGUUAGCUGGCAACCCCAAGUUGGAAGUGUGGCUUGACCUGGUCAAAGCCAACACAACCCCCGUCGAGGCGCUGCUUCGAAUCAACUCUGUCGCCACCCGGGCGCUGUCCAAGGUGCUUCAAUUCAACCUGGGUCUUCGUGCGCUCAACUUGAGCGGGAAUCACCUGAACGACAUGGCGGGCAAGGCCUUGGCCAACGUCCUUCGUCGUAACAACACACUGGUGAAGCUCGAAGUCGAAGGCAACAACUUUGGCCCGGCCACGGUCAAGGAGUUCGCGGCCGCAUUGACCACCAAUGCUGGCUUGACGUACUUGAGUUUGGAAAGCAACCCCCUCACAAACGACGACAAUGAUUACUCUGGCAUUGCUGCCUUGGGUACCAUGCUCACGACCAACAGUACACUGACCAGUUUGAACUUGUGGCGCACGAGGCUCGGCAUCGAAGGUGGCAAGGCGCUGGCGAAGGGCAUGUCCGAGAAUAAGACCAUGUUGUGCCUCGACAUCGGGAACAACAAGGUGGCGCUGAAUGACGCGAUGGCGAUUUCGAAAUCGCUGGCCGACAACUUGGAGCGGUACGACGCCGUGCAGCGCAAGAAAGGCGAGAUGAAAAAAGGUCAGAUCGAGGCCGCCGAGCGUGCGCGGAAGCAGCAUGAAGAAGAGCGCAAGCAAAAAGAACACGAGCAAUGGCUGGAAGAGCGACGUGUGGAACGGCAAUGCGAACGCGAUCGCAUCGAAGCAGAGCGGCAGCGGAAACUCAAGGAAGAGGAGGACCGACAGCGCCAGAUCUCCGACAGAAAAGCGGCGGAACGCGCGGCACAAUUGGAGCUGGAGAAGAAGAAGAAAAAGAAGAAGGGCGGAAAGAAAAAGAAGUAAACCAACGUCGUGGCGUGCUUGAUAUUGAUGCAGAUAUAAUACGUUUUUGUCCUUGGCAUCCCCAAUGGACUUGGUCCACUGUCGGCGUUCCUUGUCGAUCGGCGACGCAAAUCAUUCCAAGUCAGAUGGCCUUCUUGCCUAC